AUGCAAGAUUUCGUGUAUUUUUCAUUGUUUUUAGAUGCAAUAAAAUAUACACUUGAUUUAAGUGACCAAAUUACCAAAAAUUCAAGAUUUAUUAAAUCGUUACAUAAUGCAAGAUCACAGUUACGACGAGAUAUCAAAAGAGAUUGGUUUAAAAAACAACAACAACAAGAUAGCGAAAACGAAGAAGUACAGGAACAUCAAACACAAGAUUAUGAGGAAAACUAUAGUGAUCAUGAAGCAGAACAAAAAAAUAUUGGCAGUAAUCAAGGCGUUGUUGAUGACCAAGAGUUUGAUACAGAUUCAUCGUACAGUGAAGAAGAUCAACAAAAUUAA